GCCUGGCCCGCCCCGCUCCGCUCUGCAGCCCAGACAGCGUCCUGUCCCGGGGCGCGCUGGGGAGCCCUGAGAGCUUGCGGAGAGCGGCCAGGAGGGGGACCGAGGAGCCGCUGCGAGGGGCGCAGAGACCCUCUUGGAAUUAUUGAAUCUACAAACCAUUUCCCUGACACUUAAUUAGUUACAUCGCCUUUGGAGAACAAUAUCUACAGAGAGGGGUGAAUGGAAAGACUAAUGUAUGACCAAAUGCCCUUCGUCUGGUAUCUCCAUAAGGAAUGUUGGCUGCUUAAUUUGUGCUUGUGAAUUCUUCAACAUCCUCUGCUGAAAGGCCUUCCAGAAGCACAAGUAUUUGCCAUCUUGUAAAGCUAUAUUAUCUGUCUGUACUUUAGACCAACUGGACAGAAAGGAGAUAGAAGAGGAGUUUGGGAAACAGAUCACAAACCUGGUUCAGAGAUCACACUCUUGGAAGCUGCUUCUUGUGUCCGUCUUCUGGUUCUGCUGUCUUCUGCUAGCUCUUCUCAUCUACACAGAUGUAUUUCCAUCUUUCCAGUUUUGGAUGCUGGGGAUACAGGGGCAAGCUAAAGGAGGGACAAAGACCCUGCUUCUAAGAGACUUACAUUUUAAUAUCUAAGAUACAGAUAGAAUGAAUAAAAACCGACACAGCUUCUGGCUGGAUGGAAAGAAGGCUGAUGAGAGCAGUGACCAGGUGUAAAGAAAAGGAGGUUUAUGAAGCUGGGACUUUUCAGUGCAUCAAGGCAACAUGUUGCCCCUCGGUCCUGGAUUAGCUGUAGCUUGUCUUCAGAUCUUCAUCUUCUCUGAAAACUGGGCUUUGGCCAAGAACAUCAACUUCUACAGUGUGAGACCCCCUCUUGAUCCCACACCGUUUCCAAACAGCUUCAAAUGUUUUACCUGUGAAAAUGCCGGGGAUAAUUAUAACUGUAACAGAUGGGCAGAAGAUAAAUGGUGUCCACAAAAUACACAGUACUGUUUAACAGUUCAUCACUUCACCAGCCGUGGAAGGAGUACAUCUGUCACCAAAAAAUGUGCUUCAAAGAGUGAAUGUCAUUUUGUUGGCUGUCACCACCACCGAGAUGGAGGACAAACAGCAGCCUCUCCAGUUCUUUCAACUGAUCUGCUCUGUGAAUUAUCUCAGGAUGUCGAGAAGGGGCUUCUGGGGCAGGAAUGCAGAUCAUGCUGUGAAGGGAUGAUUUGCAAUGUGGAAGUCCCCACGAAUCACACAAAUGCAGUAUUUGCCAUAAUACAGGCUCGGCGGUCCUCAGGCACCGUCCCUUGGACAUUCAGUUUACCAGUGCUCGCUUGUGUUUUCACAGUUCAAUUGCUAUGAUGCCAUUGUUGCCAAGAGAAUCAGAGACAGUCAGUCCCUCCAAGCUCAAGCUUGAAACUGUGAGCAAUAAACUUUCUGGUUGGAGUGAACUUUGCACAUCAUGAAGAAUUCGAUAAGCACAUGUUAGACCACAACACAGAGGUGUGUGGUGUAUGGAGCCAAGUGUUUGCUAAGCUAAAGUGCCCCAUGAACGGGCCUGCAGUAUUGAGAAGCCAGGAUGGAGGCAAGGAUGGAGAACCCAGAGGCAAGACUUGGAGGGGAAUAAUCUAGCAUUUUCCUUACCACUGCUGGCUUCCUUGUUCAGUACUGAAGAAUUCUAAUGGGUUCCUUUAGUAUUUUUAAAUUGUAAUAGGAGCAGAGGCAGAAGAAAAAACCUUACCAAGAAGACCAUCUGUUCUUCCUUCACCACAAGGAGGUUGCUGAGUCACACCCUCUCAACCAUUCUGACUUGCUAAAAAUUCAAUUCGUAAAAGUAUUCCAUUUCCUCAGUGAUGUUCUCAUCAAAGGGGAACAGCAAAGAAAAAGAAAUUCAGCUUUAAGAAAGUGUUCCAGUUUAACCAUUCUGAAGUCUGGCCACUAAAUGUGGGAAAAAAUAAAAGCUUUUAAAUUAUGGA